GCCGGUGUGGGCGCGCGAGCGGCGCGCGCGCCCCCGUGCGCCCCGGCGCUAGGAGAGUCGGCGCCCGGAGCCGUCACCCGGGCGAGGAUCCUGCGCAGGCGACUCCGUGCGGCGGCCCGGCCGAGAGAGGGAGCGAGCGAGAGGCGGGCGGGAGGCAGCCGCUGGCGCCCGAGGGGCCGAGCGAGCAGGUUGUAAACAUGGCUGUGUGGAUCCAGGCCCAGCAGCUGCAGGGAGACGCCCUCCACCAGAUGCAAGCGCUGUACGGCCAGCAUUUCCCCAUCGAGGUGCGCCACUACUUGUCCCAGUGGAUUGAGAGCCAGGCGUGGGACUCAAUAGAUAUUGAUAAUCCACAGGAGAACAUUAAGGCCACCCAGCUCCUGGAGGGCCUGGUGCAGGAGCUGCAGAAGAAGGCCGAGCACCAAGUGGGGGAAGACGGGUUCUUACUGAAGAUCAAGCUGGGGCACUACGCCACGCAGCUCCAGAACACGUAUGACCGCUGCCCCAUGGACCUGGUGCGCUGCAUCCGGCACAUUCUGUACAACGAGCAGAGGCUGGUCCGAGAAGCCAACAACGGCGCCUCUCCCGCCGGGACCCUGGUGGACGCCAUGUCCCAGAAACACCUGCAGAUCAACCAGACGUUCGAGGAGCUGAGACUGGUCACGCAGGACACGGAGAACGAGCUGAAGAAGCUGCAGCAGGCCCAGGAGUUUUUCAUCAUCCAGUACCAGGAGAGCCUGCGGAUCCAGGCUCAGUUUGCCCAGCUGGCCCAGCUGAACCCCCAGGAGCGUCUGAGCCGGGAGUCGGCCCUGCAGCAGAAGCAGGUGUCCCUGGAGGCCUGGCUGCAGCGGGAGGCCCAGACGCUGCAGCAGUACCGCGGGGAGCUGGCCGAGAAGCACCAGAAGACCCUGCAGCUGCUGCGGAAGCAGCAGACCAUCAUCCUGGACGACGAGCUGAUCCAGUGGAAGCGGCGGCAGCAGCUGGCCGGGAACGGAGGGCCCCCUGAGGGCAGCCUGGACGUGCUGCAGUCCUGGUGUGAGAAGUUGGCUGAGAUCAUCUGGCAGAACCGGCAGCAGAUCCGCAGAGCUGAGCACCUCUGCCAGCAGCUGCCCAUCCCCGGCCCCGUGGAGGAGAUGUUGGCUGAGGUCAACGCCACCAUCACAGACAUCAUCUCGGCCCUGGUGACCAGCACCUUCAUCAUCGAGAAGCAGCCCCCUCAGGUCCUGAAGACCCAGACCAAGUUCGCGGCCACGGUGCGGCUGCUGGUGGGCGGGAAGCUGAACGUGCACAUGAACCCGCCCCAGGUGAAGGCCACCAUCAUCAGCGAGCAGCAGGCCAAGUCGCUGCUCAAGAACGAGAACACCCGCAACGACUACAGCGGCGAGAUCCUGAACAACUGCUGCGUGAUGGAGUACCACCAGGCCACCGGCACGCUCAGCGCCCACUUCCGGAACAUGUCCCUGAAGCGGAUCAAGAGGUCCGACCGUCGCGGAGCAGAGUCCGUGACGGAAGAAAAAUUCACGAUCCUGUUUGAAUCGCAGUUCAGCGUCGGCGGAAACGAGCUGGUGUUUCAAGUCAAGACCCUGUCCCUCCCGGUGGUGGUGAUCGUGCACGGCAGCCAGGACAACAACGCCACGGCCACCGUUCUGUGGGACAAUGCUUUUGCAGAGCCUGGCAGGGUGCCGUUUGCCGUGCCUGACAAGGUGCUGUGGCCGCAGCUGUGCGAGGCGCUCAACAUGAAGUUCAAGGCCGAAGUGCAGAGCAACCGGGGCCUCACCAAGGAGAACCUCGUGUUCCUGGCGCAGAAGCUGUUCAACAGCAGCGGCAGCCACCUGGAGGACUACAGCGGCAUGUCCGUGUCCUGGUCCCAGUUCAACCGGGAGAAUUUACCGGGACGGAAUUACACUUUCUGGCAGUGGUUCGACGGGGUGAUGGAAGUGUUGAAAAAACAUCUCAAGCCUCAUUGGAAUGAUGGGGCGAUCUUGGGCUUCGUGAAUAAGCAGCAGGCCCACGACCUGCUCAUCAACAAGCCCGACGGGACCUUCCUGCUGCGGUUCAGCGACUCGGAGAUCGGCGGCAUCACCAUCGCCUGGAAGUUCGACUCCCAGGAAAGAAUGUUUUGGAACCUGAUGCCUUUUACCACUAGAGACUUCUCCAUCCGCUCCCUGGCCGACCGCCUGGGGGACCUGAAUUACCUCAUCUACGUGUUCCCCGACCGGCCAAAAGACGAAGUGUACUCCAAGUACUACACGCCGGUCCCGUGCGAGCCUGCCACUGCUAAAGCAGUGGACGGAUACGUGAAGCCACAGAUCAAGCAAGUGGUCCCUGAGUUUGUGACGUCCGCAGACUCUGCCGGGGGCAGCGCCACCUACAUGGACCAGGCCCCCUCCCCCGCUGUGUGUCCCCAGGCGCAUUACAACAUGUACAACCCACAGAACCCGGACCCUGUCCUUGACACGGAUGGAGACUUCGAUCUGGACGACACAAUGGACGUGGCACGCCGCGUGGAGGAACUCCUAGGGCGACCCAUGGACACUCAGUGGAUCCCUCACGCACAGUCGUGACCUCACAGCUCUGCCUUCAGCGUCUGCGUCCUUGCCAGAGGAGUCACUCCUGUGGAUGUUUUAAUUCCAUGAAUGGCUUCUCUUUGGAAACAAUACUCAUAAUGUGAAGUGUUAAUACUAGUCGUGACUUUAGCGUUUCUGUGCAUGGUGACACCAGUGAAGGGAGUGUUUGUGUUUGUGUGUGUGUGUGUGUGUGUGCGUGUGUGUGCGCGUUUGUACAUUGUGGUGUCCCUCCCCCUUGCUGUCCCGGGUUCAGCUGCGGCACUGGGGCCACAGACGAAGGCUGUGGUGGUUUUAACCUUGUACGAAAGGGCAGCCGGUCCCGUGGACCCUGGGACUCGGCCACGUGUCUCGAGGGCGGCUGAACGUUGACAUGUGGCUGUUCAAGUAAGGGAAGGACAAAGGGAGGAGGAAGCACCUCCUCUGUAGCGAGUCUUCGUCACUGUGUCUGCCAAGCAAUUGUUAUAUAACCACGAUGGUCUCUGCUCUUCUGCUGAAAUGUAGAAACUGCCUUUUGAGGAGGAAAGUCCGUCCUCCCUCCCCUCUCCCCCCACCCCGCUUUCCUGGGCAGGGGCGGGAAAGGGGGCCGCACGGGAGGACUGUCGUCGGGGCAAGGAGAGUCAGGGGUCUUCGGAUGGGUGGUGGCUUUUUCAGUAACACUUAACCCGUCUUAAUGUUCUCUCCGCCCCUCCUCCCCUCCCUUGCUGUCCCCCCCCCCCCGCCCUCCUCUCGCUCAGUCCCUCUGUGUGCGCACGUGUGCAGGCACGUCUGGUGAACCGGAGGGAAGAAGAGAGGGUCACGUACCCGGAGCUCACGGUGCUGCAGUCCUUGGUGUUGCGGCCGGAGUGGAAUGCCCAGCCCUGGCUUGCAGGCACUGAGAAUGUCCCCCUGUCGCCCGGGGAAGCUGCCGUCCAGUCUUGCCUGGCCUUCCUCCGCGCGGAGGAAGGCUGACUGAUAACAGCUUCUUGCAAAUGUCGAAUGGCGUUUCUGUUUCUAAAUCAAGACUUCUUGUGUUGUCCUUCCCACCCUAAUUGGACAUCAAAAUUCUUCCUUCCCGUGUCCGGUCCUGUGCCACGCAUACCCAGAUCACCUUAUGUCCUUUCACUGCUCACCCACGCGGUCUCCGGGCAUGGGCGGCGGGAGUCUGGUGUGAACCCAGGGCCGGCGUGGCCAGCAGGCGUCGUGGCCCGCCCGGCGCAGGGUGCUGGGUGGCAGGCACCGGUGAUUCGGGGCAGGGGGUGCAGCCGGCAGGUGUGCUAGACGUGCGGUGAGCUGCAGACAGGCGGCUGAAAGCCUCAGCACAACCGCGUCCGCAGUUUCUUCUGUAGCUUCACCCCGGAAGGACGGAGCGGGCUGCGGCAGGCAGGUGGGAAGAGAAGGGAGCAGGUGUAUCUUUUGGGUUAGGCCCUCCAAGGUCACGCCUCGCCCCCUCUCCAAAAGGAGGACAUGACCACACCCAGGAGAGAAUGGCCCUAAAAACCUUAUUUUUAUACAUGUGAGUAAAUAAACAUAUUUUUUUUACAAAAGUAACUUCUGAACUUAUCAGUGUUUUGAUGUUAAAGGAGAAUAUUCCUCUGUAGUAAAUUAUUUAUUGGAAGAUAACUUUUUAAAAGCUGCUGUUUGCCCUGGCCUGGUUUCAUACACUGAUUUAUUUUUCUAUGCCGGGCAGUAGACUCCCUCUGCCUCGGAGGAGCCGGCUGAGCCUUCCGCGGACACCAGCAUUGAUGUGGGAUGCUGCUGAGCCCCUUAGGUACCGCGCCCCUCAACGUUAGAUCAAAGCGCCACCUGCGAGGAUAGGUGCGCGGG